CCUAGGACCUCGUGUCGACCAUGCUGCGAGUAUGAGUCGAGGGCAAACUCACCAGAACUUGCGGAUUAGGUUGCCACAGUGGGACAGCCCCUUUAGUUUCCUAACUUAUCCCUGCUGCUCUUCCUAUAUAAAGGAACACCAAUAGCUGGAUGCACAAGAGACUGCAGAUGCUGGAAUUUGUAGCCAAGUAAUACGAGAAGCUGGAGGUACUCAGCGGCAGGAGGGAAAUGGACAGCAUUUGUGGAGGGAAAUGGACAAUCUAGAUGAAGAGCUUCAGUCAGAAACAUCAACUGUUCAUUUCCCUAUACAGAUUCUGCCUGGCCCGUUGAGUUCCUCCAAGUACUCAUUUUUAAUAACAAUAGUUGUCGUAUUUCACAUCAAGUCUUAUGCAUACCAUUGCCUCUGAUUGUUGAUCUGCAUUGGUUUUUGGUUAAGUGUAAAAAUUAUGAUGUUAAAAUGAUGUCGAAUGUUGAAAUAUGUUGAUGUUAAAAUUCUGCUUUUUUUACAUUCUUAUCCCUGGUUUGAAAUUGAUGCAUUGUCCCAUAUUUGUCUCUCCUUGCAGCCACCAGCCGUAGGAUCCUCUAAAAUACUAGAUAUUUUCUAGUUCUGGGUUCUUGCUCGUCCCUGGUUCACUCUUCUCCUGGUGGUAUCCACAAUUGGCAAUGUCCUAACCGCUCCCUAAAUCUCUGGCGCGUUGUCUCUACUAUUUUAAGAUGCUAUGUAAAACCAAGCACUUUGACCAGGCUUUCUGAUCACAAUUUCUAACCCCUCCAGAGUGGUCAAUGUCUGUUUUCUCACAAUCAGGUCAGGCUCCUUGGAGAAUUACUUGGUCCAUGGGUGAGUUGAGAGAUUUGUCACCUCCAAGGCUGGUGAGUUUUUGGAUGUCUCCAUCCUAUGGGGUUGUGGAUCCUGAGCAGUUAAGUGUAAUUAUAACUGAGAUCUAUAUGUUUAUGAAAACUAAAGGAACAAAAUAUAAAGGGAGAAGGUGGAUUUGAUGUAGAGGUUCUUAUUGAAUGGCAAAAUGGGUUUGAGGGGCAUGUGACCCGCUCCCGUGGCAAUGUCUGCUGUUACUUGGAUUACAGUCGGAUUUGGAUUAUUUCUAUCAUGUUUUUUCUUCGUGUCUGCCUUCAGCUUUCCUCUUUCACUUCGCCCAGUGUAGAAUUCAAGAAGGCGUAGAAAUGUAACGUGAAAUGGUAUUGAUUAAUUCUGUAGCAGAUGUACACCUCGUUUACUGCAAAAUGGAAGGUGUCGAUAAUAGCAACAGAACGAUGACGUUACCAACUUUUCUGGUGCCCCUCGUACGGCCCAAGCGCGCUCCGCUCCCGAUUUUUACCCGAUGAAGUGCAGUAUAACCUAGCCUCUGGCUCCGUCUACCAACAAGAGUUAAAAUGCUGAGGAAAUUAAUUGCUAUCAAAGGCUACGCCGAAUUUACUGCAGCAAUGUUUGCAGCAAAGAUUCCAGACCAGCCUUUAUAAGGAUUACAACUUAUUUUUACCACUGCUAGACAUGUGAUUGUACUAAGCAGAUUGUUCCCAAAACUACAUUGGACACGUAAGAAAGUGCAACAAAGCGCCCGGCAGAUUGAAAAAACGGAUAUGGAUUUUAUUGUUAUUUUUCAAAUCACCAAAUGUGAGGGACAGAGGAGGUAUCACUGAGAUCAGCAUUGGAAUCUUUCAAUCCCAGUCAGCAGGAGACAAAAUAGUAUUAGAAUGCUUCCUGGGAUCAUUAUGUCCGCACUUUUAAUCUUUGAUAUCUUUCGGCAAUGCGCCCAAUAUUAAGUAAUCGAUCUCUCGGUCUCUAUCUCAGUAAGAUCAUGAGCUGGGCAACAGUUAUGAGCCCUCGCCGCUGUUCCAUAUACACCUUUAUGUUACAGCGUGUUCGCUGAAGAAAAAUUAGAAACAUUUGACUGCGUAUCAUUCUGUAAUAACAUGUCACGUAUUUGUCCCAAAGCGAGCGAGAUAAAGUACGGUGAGGGAUGGAUAGAUGGGGGUGGGGUGUUGUGGAAAAUAAACGGUGCGUAGGAAAGUAAGUGGCUGAAUGCUGGAUCGGAGUUGGAGGAAGCUGCCUGCAGACGUUUGUUUGAAGAGAAACUGUUGGCGGUGUUAGUGUGCAUGUGCUAGAUUCAUCAUACACAUUAAGACGAGGGUAAGCGGUGGAUUGAGCAAGGUACUGAAUUGAUGGAUUGCCUCGAUUUUUGAUAGCAUUUUCAGGCUAUCUCAGCGGAUGAGGUGAUGCUGUAGGCGAUACAACAUGUAAAAAGAAACGUUACAGAUCGUGGACGCUGAUUUUCCUACAAAUGUUCAACUGCUAUGAAUAAAAGCGAAAAGCUUGGCUCGCUGGUUAAAGGGGUUCGUGCCCGAAACUAAAUGGAUUUGAACUGGAAUAAUUUGCAUCUGUGGCUCGUUCUGAACGUUGGACUGUCAAAGUGCUGAACCUACUUAAUGAAACAAAGCUGUUCGUAUUUGAUGUGCUAAAAGCAACUGUUUCGCAAUGGUUUCGACAGCCUUGUAUUUCGUUCUGCCCAUAAUAGACGCCGUAGUUCGGAGUGCAGGUGUGGACACUAUCGCUGUUAUUAAUCGUGUUGACUGCGUAAAGGCCAAUGAACUGUGUACCAGUGACCCAGCCUGCAGCAGCAAGUAUCGUACCCUAAGGCAAUGUCUGGCCGGCAGCGCCAGCAUGGUUACCGGACCCGAAGCCAAGAAUGAGUGCAUUAGCGCCAUGGAGGGAGUACAGAAAAGCCCACUGUACAACUGCAGGUGUAAAAGGGGCAUGAAAAACGAGAAGCGGUGUCUUCGAAUUUACUGGAGCAUUCAUCAAAGUUUCAUGCAUGGGUUUACGAUUACUGGUCAUGAUCUGGUCGGUUCUCCCUAUGAGCCAUUGAACAAUAGACUUUCGGACAUAUACAGGGCAGCAUCCAUCAUCUCAGGUGCAGAACCGAUAGGUUCGAAGGGGAACAGCUGUUUGGAUGCGGCCAAAGCUUGCAACUUAAACGACAACUGCAAAAAGUUCCGAUCGUUGUACAUCUCGCCCUGCACGUCCCGCGUCUCCGCGUCAGAGGUCUGCAACCGGAGGAAAUGCCACAGAGCCCUCCGGCAAUUCUUUGACCGCGUCCCUGCCAAAUACACCUAUGGAAUGCUGUACUGCUCCUGCAGGGAUAUGGCAUGCACGGAACGGAGACGGCAGACGAUUGUGCCUAUUUGUUCAUACCACGACAAAGAGAAGCCAAAUUGCCUGUCUUUGGCUGAAAUGUGCAAGACAAAUUACAUCUGCAGGUCGAGGUUAGCAGAUUUCAUCACAAACUGCCAGCCAGAACCUCGAUCUGCAAGUGGUUGCUUAAGGCAGAACUAUGCAGCCUGCUUACUUGCUUAUUCAGGACUCAUAGGAACUGUCAUCACCCCAAACUAUGUUGACUCAACUGGGAUAAGCGUGACACCAUGGUGCACCUGCAAUGGCAGUGGAAACCAAAAGGAAGAGUGUGAAGAGUUCCAGAAUUUCUUUAAAGACAACAGAUGCUUCAAAAAUGCUGUUUUAGCAUUCGGUAAUGGGACUGAUAUGAAUCUUUGGCAGUUAAUACCUCCUGUGCCAACCAUAACCGCAACCAAACAGAAGUACACCUCACAACCCAACAAAGAGUCAGUGACCCACGCCAAUGAAAUCAACUCGGUUGAUGAUGACAGUGUUCUUCCUUUGUGUGCAAAUUUACAGGCACAAAGACUACACUCCAAUGUAUCAGUAAACCAGGACUUUUGUAUUACAGAGACACAGAGCUCUUCAAAUGAUAAGGAGAUUUCUGCAAUACAAUCCAAAGGACAGACAUCUCAAGAUACUUCAUCUGCUUUCAGUCGCGAGGGUCACAUCAGCAGAGCGUUGUGGGUGAUCGUUAUUGCACAUUCAACUUUUCUUUCCUGCCACCCGACAGAAACUUUGUAGUUUCAUUUAAGGACCUGUACAAAAUAUAUUUCCUGUCCAUUUAAUUUUUUGAAAAGGCUAGAGAUAAUGUGAAGGCAUCCUGCUGAAGCAGAUUCAUUGUAACUAGUUGGGGGAGGGAGAAAGCUCGCUUCUUGUGAAUUAUGGGCUACUUUGUGCAAUCCUACAGUCCAAAUAAAAUCUUCUGGGUAUGAUGGGCCAGGAUUUAAUUAUGGCUGCACUUAUUUUUGACCCAGCCUUAAGCUUGGAAGCAGCUUAUGUUGAAUCCUGCAUGCAUUGUCCAUCCAACUGCUUAAUUGAAUCUGACAAGUUAGGUUAUCACAGCAGAGGCACCAUGUAAUUUCCUUUGAUACCGGGUUUCACCCCACAAGCGUUUUCACCUGAAGAAUAGGAAGAUUUAUUGUAUUUUUUCAUCUUCAAUUAUUAGUUGGAUUGCAUCAGAUAUUUAAAUCUUAAUAUGUCCAAAUUUCCUGUAAUGUUUAUGUAAAUUGUCUGCAGUCACAGCUGAAAAAAAAACCAUAUUACCCAUGUCACAAACCUUUGUAAAAAUUGGGUUUUACUAUAUACUGCAAACUCAAAUCUGUGAAGUGCUUAAAAUUCUUUAAACGGUGAUAUUUACAAAAUUAAUGAUUUAUUUUAAAGCUAGCCUUAAUAAAUGGAAGUUUGUAUUCCUUUGAACUUAUGUCAAUAACUGUAAGCACUUAGUGAACAACAUUAUCACAGAUCAAGCAUCCAGCAAUGUAAUAAGGAGUUCACUAUGUUACUAGUGUUCUGCAGCAAUCCGGACAAUGACCAGCAACCUUUUGGAUGGCAGUGGUUAAACAAUCACAAUUCGGCUUGAAAAUGGUUACAAUUCACAUAUCUGAAUUUGAUAGAUAAGUGGAAGACCAGAAGAAAGAGACGUUGAGCUGUAACCAACAGCGACACCGAAAAUAGUGGAAAAUAUAUGUCACAUUUUACAAUGGAGCAUUAAAACAUGUUUACUCAUCAA